GAGAAGUCAGGGGUUGCUGCUGCUCUGCCCAUAGGAGCCACUCACUAGACACGUUCUCCCCAGGCAACUUGCUGUCAGGCUACUCAGGAUGAACUAAAGGCAUCCUACCGCAGGCUGUGUAUGUUCUACCAUCCAGACAAGCACAGAGACCCAGAGCUGAAAAAACAAGCGGAGCAACUCUUUAACCUUGUUCACCAGGCUUAUGAAGUUCUCAGUGACCCUCAAUCAAGAGCUAUUUAUGACAUCUAUGGGAAGAAGGGGCUGGAGAUGGAAGGCUGGGAGGUUGUAGAAAGGAAACGAACAGCAGCUGAGAUCAGAGAAGAAUUUGAGAGAUUACAAAGGGAAAGAGAAGAAAGAAGGCUUCAGCAGCGAACCAAUCCUAAGGGGACAAUUAGUGUUGGAAUUGAUGCCACCGAGCUGUUUGAUCGUUAUGAUGAAGAUUUCGAAGACAUUCCAGGAAGUGGCUUUCCCCAGAUUGAAAUUAACCGAAUGCACAUCUCUCAGUCUAUUGAGGCCCCUCUGACUGCAACGGAUACAGCAAUUCUCUCCGGAAGCCUCUCCACGCAGAAUGGCAAUGGUGGGGGAUCAAUAAACGCUACUCUUAGACGAGUGACCUCAGCCAAAGGAUGGGGAGAGUUAGAGUUUGGAGCUGGUGACCUUCAAGGACCCUUGUUUGGUCUUAAGAUCUUCCGUAAUCUUACACCUAAAUGUUUUUUCACCACAAACGGGGUUUUGCAGUUUUCUUCCCGCGGGAUCCGGCCAGGACUCACAACCAUGUUAGCUCGCAAUCUAGACAAGAACACUAUGGGUUACCAUCAUAUUUUCUGCAAGGGAAUCUAACUGGAGGUCCUAAAGCAGUCAAUCUUUUGUACUACCGACGCCAGAGUAAAAUAAACCAAAUGUCAAUAAAACAGGAUAUUUUGAAGUGAUGUUUUUAAAUAGACCUGAUCUGUUUUCUAUAAUAUUAUCACCAAAACAUUUAAUCGUAAGCUGACCUGUUUUCUACCAACAAUCGAGUACAACUGGAACAGGGACCUGCUCGUUUCUUUGUUUGUCUUCUCCAGAGCAACCAGUUUUGCUACAUGGGUCAUGGUUCUGUUUGAAUACUAAACCAAUGCCCCCUGUUGUGAAUUGGGUUCUAGUUCAUAGUUGGAGCAUAUUAGUAGGUGUUACCUAAAUUCAAUCAACAGCAGCCUUGUUUAUGGUUCCACAAAGAAGAGUGUUGUGGUUCAGGACAGAUAUUCGUUACAGGGAUCACUCGUGGAUAUCUUCAUGUUGGCAUGUUAUAUAAAUUGAGAAAUCUACAGUAACUUGUCUGUUGGGUAACCCAUUCUGCUGCUCCAGAUAAAAGAUAGAAAUGGUGCACCUUAUAUUUAAGGGUUACUGCAGCAACACAAAGGUAUUAAAGCAAACAUCCAGGCUUACAAAUAAGCACACUAUAGUUCUGUAUCUUUGCGGCCAUACUUGGCCCUCCCUCUGGUGUCGGUGGCACUGCACAUGCUCAGUGUAGCUCUACACUUGCUGCCCUGCUCAUGAUGCUGGCCAGGCACUUCUUUGUCCUUGGACCUAUCAGUGCCCUCAUUAGUGUCAGACUUUUCUGAAUGAUUGCAUCCAUUGAGGAUAUGUGUGAGUAUAGAAACACCCCCAUUAUAUCUGAUGCCAACUUCUGUGAUAGUCUUACGUCUCCGGUAGUGAUGUGCAGGCCGACCUCGCACGCUCCUUUCCAAAUCCCGGCUUUCGGGUUGAGUUUUUAUAGACAUGCGAUUCUCGCUCCGCCCCUUUUGUGACGUCAUCGGCGGGUCUAUAAAAGAGACCCGGAAGUCGGGCUUGGGCGCGUGUGGGUUGGGAAAAGCCCGACCUGCACAUCACUCACUAGUCUCCAGCUCCCACCCUGUUCUACUCACUCCUUGCUGUGCUAGUUUAAAAUUAUUCCUAAUUUGCUCAUACAAAUAUAUUCUUCCUCUUUAACUACUCUGUGUCAGCCUGUAGAGCAGGGGUCUCCAACCUUUUUUUUACCCGUGAGCCAUAGUCAGAUGUAAAAAGAGCUGGGAAGCAACAAAAGGAUAAAAAAUGCUCCUGGGUGGUGCAAAAUAAGGGCUGUGAUUUGCCAUUUAGUUGCCCCUAUGUGGACUGGCAGCCUAUAUAAGACUCUGCUUGGCAGUACAACUGGUUUUUAUGCAGCCAAAACUUGCCUCCAAGCCUGGAAUUCAAAAAUAAGCACCUGCUUUGAGGCUACUGGGAGCCACGUACAUGGAGUUGGUGCAACGUGUUACUCACAGGCCACUGGUUGGAGAUCACUGCUGUAGAGUCUAUUGCAUCUAUGCACAAUAAUAUCUGUAUGUCUCAAGCACUUUGCAUGAUUACAGCAGCCCUGAUGGGAAGCCAAGGGAAUACGUUCUUAUAAAUGAUAGGUAGGUAAGCAUAAGUGCCCGGAGUCCUGAAAGGCAAACGUAAGCAGGUUCCUAUCCCAAAGAGCUUACAAUCUAACAAAUAUUCCAGGUUUAUUUUCCCCUUGUGGUACCUCCUGCUUCACGAGUCCACUCAUCCAGUUCGAUUGUAAGCCUGUGGGCAGGGCUGCUAUCUUUUAGGGGGUUUAUAUGAAUUUGUAUAUGUUCCCAGGAUUUUGUUUCUACAUGUACAGUGCAUUGUAACUUAUACGCAAAUAAAUAAUUAUGAUCAUUUGCA